AUGCUUUGCCAUAUAACGCUCCCGGACGCGGUGGUGAUGGAGCUGGAUGUUGAUUCGAAGGCAAAUGGAGAGGACUGCUUACACAAGGUACAUUUAUUAGAAUUGAAAUUGAACCAUGCUAAAUCUAUUUUAUUCCAUGUUGUCAGUGUCUCUGUGUUGGGGUUGCAAAUUAAUGCAGUUUUAACCAUUUUGAUUUCUGUAAACAUUUGGGGAAUUUGAAUAAAAGUAAACUUACUUGUAACAAUGUAACAACAGUGUAGUACUUGUAACAUUGUAUUUAAUUACCAGACUUGAUGGGGUAUUGACUUCUUUAGUGAAGUGGUUUUUUUCUAUUGUUUUGACGCACAGGUCUGUCGGAAACUGGGAAUAAUAGAGGUGGAUUACUUUGGGCUCCAGUUCAGCGGAAGCAAAGGGGAGAGUUUGUGGUUGAACCUGAGGAACAGGAUCUCACAACAGAUGGAUAACCUGGCUCCCUGCAGACUGAAGCUCCGAGUCAAGUUCUUUGUAGAACCCCAUCUCACCCUGCAAGAACAGACGAGGUAUGUUUACUGUGCACUCUAUAAGGGACCUAUUUGGAGUAAGGCACUCUGCCUAUUGUAGCUAAUGGUACUGCAAACAUUAGAUGUAAAGGUAGUAGGUCAUGUCUUUUUUAAAUGCAAUAAGAUUACCAAAAUGUAGUGACAGAACAGAUUGGAUCAGAUAAAAUCGAGUUACAACCCUGCUAUUUCGGUCAACUUGUAAUCUUUCAGCCCAUAGAGUCAGGGGGAUGUUUGACCCCCCCGUAUGCAAACAGUGGCAGGAGACGCAUCGGCAGCGAGUUAGUUACCCUGCAUGCAUUGAACUGUGUGAUCAGCUAACUCUAGCGCUAACCUGUAAUGUCUACCUACACCUGUUGUAUUUGGCGCAUGUGGCAAAUACAAUUUGAUUUGAUUUGAUCAGCAAGCUGUAACGCUAACCUACAUGUCCCUGGCCAGUCAAUGUGCUCUAUGGGCUUUGUUCCAGUGUAUAACGUGUGUGUAUAAUGUGACUCAGGAUUACGUCCCAAACGGCCCCCUUUUCUCUUUAUAGCGCACUACUUUUGAUAAUAUUCCUAUGGGUGCAGUAGGGUUGUGUCCCGAUCUCUCUAUCCAAAUCUCAAAGUGUGCACUUUGCACACUCCCCGGUGUUGAGCGAUUAGUGCUUUUUGAGGUCUGUUAAAAAAUUAAAUAAAAGCACGGUUUCGAUUAUUUGGGAUGAAUGCUGUAACAACACAGAAUAAAAGGUCCAUUGGUGGUAGUGACUGCCCAUUACUGCUGAUCACCUAUUAUCCAUUUAUUCACAUUACUUUACUUUAAUAUUAAUAUUUCAGUUGUUGUGUAUAUUCCAUUUGUUUUAUUUGAUGACUUUAUUAUUUCAUUCCAUGUCAUCUCAUCUCUAGAGCUCCUCCCUAUGCUGUCUGACAAAAUCAUUAUUUUAGUCUUCAAAGCAAAUAAGGCAUACUUUUAUGACUGCUGAAAACCAACUAUCAAUCACUUAGAUCAUGUAUUUUCAGGUAGAGAUACCUCACUAAGCAACAGCUGCUCUCUAUAUCCCCUCACGAUCGCGCAUUCUUCUGCCUCUUCUGUAGCAGGCGUAAAAGAAACGCACAGACCUGACAAGUAGAUGCUCAAUGGAUUAUAGUCAUCGUGGUUAAUUACCACGUUUGAUGUGCUAAACUAUGUAGAAUAUUGGCCUGUUGGAAACCACAACUCCCUACUACAUCGGACAGUUCAGGCUGGAUCUGAUUUAUCUCUAGAGAAACUGUGCAAUGUGCGCAUUGAGCUCACAAAAAAAAAAAAUGUAAUUCAAAUAAUUGAACUGACGUCGGUCAAUUAGUUGUUUAAAAACCGAAAAAUAACCAAUAUUUAGGUUAAUCGCUCAGCACUACAUCAUGGUCAAAGAUGGGACCGAGAGAAUGAAAAACAGCUUCUAUCUCAAGGCCAUCAGACUGUUAAAUAGCCAUCACUAGCACAUCAGAGGCUGCUGCUGCCUUUUACAUUUUAGUCAGUUAGCAGACGCUCUUAUCCAGAGCGACUUACAGUUAGUGAGCACAUACAUUUUUCAUACUGGCCCCCCGUGGAAAUCGAACCCACAACCCUGGCGUUGCAAGCGCCAUGCUCUACCAACUGAGCUACACUGGCCACUUUAAGAAAUGGAACACUAGUCACUUUAAUAAUGUUUACAUAUCUUGCAUUACUCAUCUCAUAUGUAUAUACUGUAUUCUAUAAUAUUCUACUGUAUCUUAGUCCAUGCCGCUCUGUCAUUGCUUGUCCAUAUAUGUAUUAUUAAAUUCCAUUCCUUACUUAGAUUUGUGUGUAUUGGGUAUGUGUUGUGAAAUUGUUAGAUAUUACUUGUUAGAUAUUACUGCACUGUCGGAGCUAGAAGCACAAGCAUUUCGCUACACCCGCAAUAACAUCUGCUAAACACGUGUAUGUGACAAAUAACAUUUGAUUUGAUUUGGAUUUAAAAGCAUUGGAUUAGCUGGAGGGAGUUUCCACCUUUGUGAAAUACAUGAUGGGAUGUGUGCCAGGCCCAACUAUCCAGCAGGACAAGGUAAAUCAUGACCCAGCCAAGUACUUGACCGGACAGAGGGUACUGGUCUAUCUAGAGGUCCUACUUGUACAAUACCUGCAUUGCGGUAUUGGCAAGUCAACAGACGGGGAGCUACGAGUACCUAUCCGAGACGGUACUACAGUACCUAUACAGACCAGCCAGGGUACCUACAGUACAUACCAGACAGGGGUACCUACAGUACUAUAACCAGCAGCCAGGGUACCUACAGUACUAUACCAGCACAGGGUACCUACAGUACUAUACCAGCCAGCCAGGGUACCUACAGUACUAUACCAGACAGCAGGGUACCUACAGUACUAUACACAGACCACAGCCAUCCCAGGGUACCUACAGUACUAUACCAGCAGCCAGGGUACCUACAGUACUAUACCAGCCAGACCAGGGUACCUACAGUAUAAACCAGCCAGCCAGGGUACCUACAGUACUAUACCAGCCACAGGGUACCUACAGUAAUACCAGCCAGCACAGGGUACCUACAGUACUAUACCAGACAGCCAGGGUACCUACAGUACUAUACCAGCACAGGGUACCUACAGUACUAUACCAGACAGCCAGGGUACCUACAGUACUAUACCAGCCAGCAGGGUACCUACAGUACUAUACCGCAGCCAGGGUACCUAAGUACUAUACCAGCCAGACAGGGUACCUACAGUACUAUACCUGCCAGCCAGGGUACCUACAGUACUAUACCAGCCAGCCAGGGUACCUAUAGUACUAUACCAGCCAGACAGGGUACCUACAGUACUAUACCUGCCAGCCAGGGUACCUACAGUACUAUACCAGCCAGACAGGUACCUACAGUACUAUACCUGCCAGCCAGGGUACCUACAGUACUAUACCAGCCAGGGGUACCUACAGUACUAUACCGCCAGCCAGGGUACCUACAGUACUAUACCAGCCAGCCAGGGUACCUACAGUACUAUACCAGCCAGCAGGGUACCUACAGUACUAUACCAGACAGCCAGGGUACCUACAGUACUAUACCAGACAGCCAGGGUACCUACAGUACUAUACCAGCCAGGGUACCUACAGUACUAUCCCGCCAGGGUACCUACAUACUAUCCAGCCGGGUACCUACAGUACUAUACCAGACAGCCAGGGUACCUACAGUACUAUACCAGACAGCCAGGGUACCUACAGUACUAUAACCAGACAGGGUACCUACAGUACUAUACCAGACAGCCAGGGUACCUACAGUACUAUACCAGACAGGGACCUACAAACCAGCGGUACCUACAGUACUAUACCAGACAGCCAGGGUACCUACAGUACUAUACCAGACAGCCAGGGUACCUACAGUACUAUACCAGACAAGGGUACCUACAGCACUAUACCAGACAGCCAGGGUACCUACAGUACUAUACCAGCCAGACAGGGUACCUACAGUACUAUACCAGACAGCCAGGGUACCUACAGUACUAUACCAGCCAGACAGGGUACCUAGAGUACUAUACCAGACAGCCAGGGUACCUACAGUACUAUACCAGACAGCCAGGGUACCUACAGUACUAUACCAGCCAGCCAGGGUACCUACAGUACUAUACCAGACAGACAGGGUACCUACAGUACUAUACCUGCCAGCCAGGGUACCUACAGUACUAUACCAGACAGACAGGGUACCUACAGUACUAUACCAGCCAGCCAGGGUACCUACAGUACUAUACCAGCCAGCCAGGGUACCUACAGUACUAUACCAGACAGGGUACCUACAGUACUAUACCAGCCAGACAGGGUACCUACAGUACUAUACCAGACAGCCAGGGUACCUACAGUACUAUACCAGACAGCCAGGGUACCUACAGUACUAUACCAGACAGCCAGGGUACCUACAGUACUAUACCAGACAGCCAGGGUACCUACAGUACUAUACCAGCCAGGGUACCUACAGUACUAUACCAGCCAGCCAGGGUACCUACAGUACUAUACCAGCCAGCCAGGGUACCUACAGUACUAUACCAGCCAGCCAGGGUACCUACAGUACUAUACCAGACAGCCAGGGUACCUACAGUACUAUACCAGCCAGACAGGGUACCUACAGUACUAUACCAGCCAGACCAGGGUACCUACAGUACUAUACCAGCCAGGGUACCUACAGUACUAUACCAGCAGCCAGGGUACCUACAGUACUAUACCAGCCAGGGUACCUACAGUACUAUACCAGCCAGCCAGGGUACCUACAGUACUAUACCAGCCAGCCAGGGUACCUACAGUACUAUACCAGACAGACAGGGUACCUACAGUACUAUACCAGCCAGACAGGGUACCUACAGUACUAUACCAGCCAGCCAGGGUACCUACAGUACUAUACCAGCCAGGGUACCUACAGUACUAUACCAGCCAGCCAGGGUACCUACAGUACUAUACCAGCCAGGGUACCUACAGUACUAUACCAGCCAGCCAGGGUACCUACAGUACUAUACCAGCCAGCCAGGGUACCUACAGUACUAUACCAGCCAGCCAGGGUACCUACAGUACUAUACCAGACAGGGUACCUACAGUACUAUACCAGCCAGACAGGGUACCUACAGUACUAUACCAGACAGCCAGGGUACCUACAGUACUAUACCAGACAGCCAGGGUACCUACAGUACUAUACCAGACAGCCAGGGUACCUACAGUACUAUACCAGCCAGACAGGGUACCUACAGUACUAUACCAGACAGCCAGGGUACCUACAGUACUAUACCAGCCAGACAGGGUACCUACAGUACUAUACCAGAGAGCCAGGGUACCUACAGUACUAUACCAGCCAGCCA